AUGGCCUUUUCCACCGUCCCUCUCUUCGCCCUCCUCCUCGCCGCCUCUGCCGCUUCCUUCGCCGACGGCGUCACCGCCGGCGUUCGUCUCGGCGUCAUCCGUAAACCUUUCCCGGACGUCCCGGAAUUCCGGGAAGCUCCGGCGUUUCGCAAUGGGGAGGGAUGUGAAAAGACAAUCCACGUGUCCAUGACCCUCGACGGAAACUACCUGAGAGGCACCAUGGCCGCCGUGCUUUCCAUUCUGCAACAUUCGGCUUGUCCAGAAAACGUCGUCUUCCAUUUCCUCUGGUCCAAUUUAGAACCCAACCAUGUUUUUUCCACCAUCAACACCACCUUCCCUUACCUUAACUUCAAGGUUUACCGGUUCGACCCGAACCGGGUUCGUGGGAAAAUCUCCAGGUCAAUCCGUCAAGCUCUCGACCAGCCUCUCAACUACGCGCGUAUCUACCUCUCCGACACGCUCCCCGACGACGUCAAACGCGUAAUCUACUUAGACUCCGACCUCGUAGUCGUCGACGAUAUUGCAAAGCUCUGGGAUGUUGACCUUGAGAAAAAAGUUCUUGCGGCGCCGGAAUAUUGUCACGCCAACUUUACAAAGUACUUUACGGAUUUGUUCUGGUCGGCGCCGGAGCUGGCCGGAACAUUUGAAGGGAGACGGCCGUGUUAUUUCAACACGGGGGUGAUGGUGGUUGACGUGGAGAAAUGGAGAAAAGGAGGGUACACCAUGAAAGUUGAGGAGUGGAUGGCGGUGCAGAAGCAGAAGAGGAUAUACCAUCUGGGUUCUCUGCCGCCGUUUUUGCUGGUGCUCGCCGGAAAUAUUAAGCCGGUAGAUCACCGGUGGAACCAGCAUGGACUUGGCGGCGAUAACCUUGAAGGAAAAUGCAGAAGCUUGCACCCUGGACCGAUUAGCUUGCUCCAUUGGAGUGGUAAAGGCAAGCCAUGGCUCAGGCUUGACUCUAGGAGACCUUGUACCGUUGACCAUCUUUGGGCGCCCUAUGAUCUUUACCGCUCAUCGUCCAUGCAUUCCCUGGAAGAAUGA